CGGAGUUACGCUUGCGUUUCCGAGUUGAGCUCGCGUGGAUUGUAUUUUUGUGCAAAUACUAAGUGUCGUGACUUAAAAACUGUUCGACAAUGUCGUCCAAAACAAAAAAGACGGUGACAUCUUCGUCAAAUAUAAGUGUUGUGUCAUCCGUUCAGAGCCCACAACAAUCGAGUACUCCUGUUGGAAGCCGCCCUUCUAGCUCUGCCGGCCGGCCCAGUAGCCCGCUUAGUCCUACAAGACACACCCGCUUACAAGAAAAAGAUGCGCUACAAAACUUGAACGAUCGUCUGGCGGCCUAUAUUGACAAGGUUCGCCAGCUUGAAAGCGAGAAUUCAGGUUUACGACGAGAGAUUCAAACUACACAGGAGGUGGUCACACGUGAAGUCUCAAACAUCAAGGGGAUGUACGAGCAUGAACUACAAGAUGCUAGAAAGUUGUUAGACGAUACAUCCAGAGAAAAAGCAAAGUUAGAGAUUGAUUUGAAGCGAUUGUACGAAGAGAACGACGACCUUAAAAAGCGCCUGGACAAAAAGACCAAAGACUGCACCCAGGCGGAGAACUUGGCUCGUCACUACGAGACCCGCUUUACCGAAGAGAGCAACAAGUACAACUCUGCCCUUGCCGACAAGAAGAAAGCCCAAGAUGAAGCCAGGGAACUCGCCAAAGAGCUGGAGAAGCUCCGCAAAGUAUACGCAGACACUCGCAAGACCCUGGAAGAGGAGAUGCUGUGCCGCAUCGACAUGGAGAACACCGUCCAGAGCCUGCGCGAGGAGCUCUCCUUCAAGGACCAGGUGUUCCAGCAGGAGCUGCAGGAGACCCGCACCCGCCGCCAAGUCGAGAUCUCCGAGAUCGAUGGACGCUUGGCGCAGCAGUAUGAGGCCAAGCUGCAGCAGAGCCUUCAGGAGCUGCGUGAGCAGCAGGAGGCCAACAUCAAGGCCAACCGCGAGGACAUUGAAGCCAUGUAUGAGAACAAGAUGAAGAACCUGCACGCGGCAGCCAAUCGCAACAGCAACGCCGCCUCGGUGGCGGUAGAGGAGCUCCGCACCAUGCGCACUCGCAUCGACUCGCUCAACUCCACGCUCAACGACCUGGAGAACAAGAACGCGGCACUCAGCAACCGCUGCCGCGAGCUGGAGCGCCAGCUGGAGUCGGAGCGCGCGCGCCACGCCGAGGACCUGGCGUCGCUGGAGCAGGAGCUGGCGCGGCUGCGCGACGAGAUGGCCGCGCAGCUGCGCGAGUACGCCACGCUCAUGGACAUCAAGAUCUCGCUCGACCACGAGAUCGCCACCUACAGGACGUUGCUCGAGGGCGAGGAGGACAGGCUGAACCUGACCACGCAGUCGCCGGGGCGCAGCGAGUCACGCGCGUCGGCGUCGGGCGUUAGCGGAGGCGGGAGCGGGAGCGGGCGCGGCACGCCCGGCCGCCGCGCCACCCCGCUGCGCGCCGCGCGCAAGCGCACGCUGCUCGACGAGAGCGAGGAGCGCUCGCUCUCCGACUACAGCGUCACCGCCAGCGCCAAGGGCGACCUCGAGGUCGCCGAGGCCUGCCCCGACGGCAAGUUCGUCAAGAUCCGCAACAAGGGCAAGAAGGAGCACAGCCUGAGCGGCUACCAGGUGGUCCGCAAGGCGGGCGACCAGGAGACCAUCUUCAAGUUCCACCGCACCGUGAAGCUGGAGCCGGGCGCCGUGGCCACGGUGUGGUCGGCCGACACCGGCGCCGAGCACGACCCGCCGCGCGACAUCGUCAUGAAGGGCCAGAAGUGGUUCGUCGCCGACAACUUCACCACCGCGCUGCUCAACAACGAACAGGAGGAGGUGGCCGUCUCGGAGCGGCAGCGGCGGCAGGUGAGCACGAGCGCGCAGCGGCACCGCGAGCUGGCGCACAAGUUCCCGCGCCGCGAGCAGCUGGGCGAGAUCCGCGAGGGUGACGAGAACUGCCGCAUCAUGUAACGGAGUAGCGGCCGCCAGGGGCCUCCCCACCAGUUACGCUAUAGGAUUCCUUGCAGCCGACACACGACUCACGUGGCCGUGGCCUGAAUUGGGCUUUUCUUGUGCAAAAAGUUAGUGCUGCCACCCACCUACCCGUGCCUCACCCCCGUAUGAUAUAACUGUGAGCACGACUUAGACCACGGCCAAAGUAUUUCAAAAAUGUUCACGGGACGAUUGCUAGAACUAGACUGGCUUGAAUUAAUAAUGUGUGAGCUUUAGGGAAUUGAUUUUAGUUGAAAUUGAUCAAUAUUUUGAUGUCAAAUGACAUGUUUUUAUGAGUGAAUAAUUAAAUGUAAAUGUAAAGUACAGGCUUUUGGUACGAUUGUUGGUGCUUUAGAAAUAAAGUUACAUCCCGUUUCUCUAGUUACUUAAAAGCUGGUUUGAGCACUGAUUAAAUUUACCACAUAGACUUGUGUUAGAUUGACUGGAGUCAAGUGCAAGUAAUAGCACUUAAUACAGCCUUAUAUCUCCAAUUUUGUAAUAGAAAUGUAACGGCUAGGCGGCUGGCCUGUUAGUUGAGUAGCUGACCACUGCCGUUUUAGUGUAAUGGCACCCGUGAACAGAGUACAAACAUUGUGGUUCACAUUAUUGGUAAGUAUAGCGACAAGUUUAAUGAGCAUUGAAUUAUUUCCUUCACAAUGCCGGUGACAUGAAAUGUUAUUAUUAUAAUAGUUGUGCGUCGACAUCCGCCUGUCCGGCGCUACAUUGACUGGGGAUCUCUAGUAAAUGUCACUCUUUUGUAUUGUUGUCCGAAAAAUCAAACUGUAAUGUAGUAAAAAAUAUAUACAAGUCAAUCGGCGUGCCUACUGGCUAUUUAUUAUUAGCUAUGUUCUAGUUUAACAUGCCACAAAUGAAAAAUUGAUUUUUUGUGUUGACACUGUCAUUUACCAUAAGAUUCAAGUCCAUAAUUGCUAUCAGAAAUCCCCACUCAAAGUUUCGCCUUCCCAGUGGUGCUUCGAAUUAUACUUUUCUUGAGUGGGACUUUUGUAUGCUAAUCAUAUUUCUGUGUUUGCCAUGAAUCCCAAACAUAAUUUGGAAACAUUCUAUGCUCAUUUAAAUGUUUUUGUCAAGAAUUAUAAAAUUUAGUUUCUAUAAAGUUCAUUUUUAAUUUUUAAGAAAUUUUCUUUUUGUGUAAGAGAAUAGAUUUUCAUUACUUAGAUAAUAUAUAAUAAUCAUUAAUGAUUUUAUCAAGAGGGGAGAUACAAGAGUUGUCACGCUAGUCUUAAAAAAAUCAAUGUGUUUUUUUUUUACAAAUUUUGUCGCUAAUCUGCAAAUCACUGUUGUAUCUUUCCAGAAGUGACUAACUGAAUCACGUAAUAUUUUUAAUAUAGGUAAAACAAAAGUAUACAAUAAGAUGCGUGCAUUUAGAUUAACGCCAACACGGAAACGAAGUAUACAUCGGUGGGAGUAAUAGAUUAUACUAAUGCACUAGUUGGUAAUUAAUUUAUCGAUAAUCAAACGUGUCGACGUAUAUCAAACUCGCUAAACUAACAAAAUCAACCACCACACUACCAAGUUUCGAGGCAAUUUUUAUAUGCGUCGACACAAAUCUAGAGUGAGGUAGAUUAAAUCUACACGGUUGUUGCAACUCCUACAGCAUUUGUGUUUUAAAUCAGUGUAAUGAAUCUUUCUGACUAUGUAUGAGUAAUUUGUUAAGUCCAGUAUUUUGUUCACAUUCAAUGCUAUUUUACACUAAAGUAAUAGGUGCAAGUCUCAAAUGGAAGGUUCUCAUGUAAAAUAUUAGGAAACAGCAUCUUUGCACAUUGAUGGUAAUUGGAAAUUAUUAUGGAAAAAAUGUUCAUCAUAUUUUUUAUUGAGAGGAUUGAAUCUGAUUCAUUUUCACGUUCACUUUGUUAUUAAAUAAUCAUGAGACCCUUAACUUUGACCGUUUAUAUCUUCCAUGUGUAAAAUACACAUUAUUUGAAAUAAAGAUAUAUUUAGGUUUA